UUUUUUUUUCUUUUUGAUCCAAUGUACACUCGCCUCAGCUCAUUUUAUCGGCUUGCCCUGCUAUGGCACUCUCUUCACUUUCCCUCUUCCUCUCCCUGCGAAGUUUCUACUCCGCUCGCCCAAUUUUACCUCCGCUUCUCCCAAAACCUCGCGCUUUCUCCUCCAACCUGCUUCGCUCCCAUCCCCACCACUUUGGCGCACCCCUGAAAGCUUCCACUGAGGGUGCGGCGAUGGCGCAGAAGAUUUUCGAUACGGAGGAGGCUCUGAUGGUUUCUCUUGCUAAAUACACUGCUGAUCUCUCUCAUAAGUUUUCUGUAAAGAGAGGAUCUUUUUCACUCGUCUUGUCUGGUGGGUCCUUGGUCAAGUCCCUUCGAAAACUAGUUGAGCCACCCUACAUGGAUUCCGUGGAAUGGUCAAAAUGGCACGUCUUUUGGCUUGAUGAAAAAACCAUACCAAAGGAUCAGGAUGGCUGCAAUUAUAAGCUAGCCUAUGACUACUUUCUCUCUCAGGUACCUCUUCUGCCUGGGAAUGUGUAUGCAAUCAAUGAGGCACUGUCUGCUGAAGGUGCAACAGAUGAUUAUGAAACCUGCCUCAGACAUUUGGUCAAGUGUGGGGUGAUAGACAUGUCUACGGCUACUGGGCUACCUAAGUUUGAUCUCAUGCUCAUUGGAAUGGACCCUGAUGGCCAUAUAGCUUCUGUAUUCACAGACCAUCCUUUUCUGCAAGAGGACAAUGGGAAAUGGGUCACCUUUAUUCAUGAAUCACCAAACCCUCCCAUCGAUAUCAUUACUCUCACCUUGCCCGUUAUCAACUCAUCGGCACAUGUGGCAAUAGUGUCAACUAGUGGCCACCAAGCUAUGUCUACGAGCAACUCCGUUAAAAAUAGUGGAGACUUGGAUGGUAAAAUGCCUAUCAUCCAGUGGGUUUCUCCUGAGGGUGAACUGACCUGGUUCUUGACAGGGGAUGCAGCUGAAACUGUUGGAGAGAAAUGUGUAUAAUGUAGUUUCUUCCCCUUUGUGUACACGAGCAUUCAACCCCUUGUAAAUUGUGCAAUGUAUGGGUCGUAUAGCCAGCCAAAUCUUAUGUCUGCGAAUUUGUAUUCACAGAAGUUGGUGUAAAUAGCAAUGAGUUAGUUUAUACAAUAAAAAUUCCAAAUUUGCCAGACUUCCUUG